AUGCUCGUCGUUGACCCCGUGAAGCGCAUCACGAUCCCCGAGAUCCGGCAGCUCCCGUGGUUCAACAUCGAUCUCCCCUCGUACCUGCGGCCGUUCCCCGUCACGCCGAGCGUCGAGGACAAGCAGUUUCAGCUCACUGCCGCGCCUGUCAUGGACGACACGCUUAGCAGCCACCCGUUCCUACACGCCCCGUCGACGUCGGCACAGGCUGCGCCUGACCCGGCGAUGGUGUCGCCGGAUCUCGGCGUCAUCGAUUCCUACGUGCUCGAGGAGCUCAUGGGCAAGGUCGAGGGCCUCUCGCGCGGCCAGGUGCUCGAUAUGCUGCGCGCCUCCGGUACGAACCAGAUCAAAGUCGCGUACCACCUCUGUCAGGACUACCACGAGACGCUCGCCAUGGCGACGGGCCUCUUGCGCGAGCUCGAGCUCGGCGACGACGCCCCCUCGAGUGCCACGAGCCUCUCGCAGUCGCCGUCCACGAGCACCGACGGCGGCGACGUCGCGCCCAGCCGGCCGCGCGUGCGCCGUGCGUCGACGCGGCCGUCGCUGCCGACCGUCGGCACCUCUCCCAUGCACUACCAUGCGCUGAUCAAGCGCUCCGGCGCCACAACGGACCUGACGCAUACGGACCAUACCCCCCGCUCGCGACGGCCGUCGACUGCGUCGCGUAAAGCCAUGGACGACGAUUUGAAGACGCGCGUGAGCGAGCUGAUCGCCUCCGUGGAAGACGAGGCGAUCGAGGGCUCAGACCUCGACGACCCUGGCCUGGACGAGAGCGAUGUGUCAGACGACGAGACGGAUGCGUCGUCGACCAUGUCGGACGUCGACGAGGAGUAUGCGAGCUUCGAUAUGGUCGACGACCCGAUUCUCGACGACGCCGGCGAGACGCUCACGCUCCAGAACUCGUACAUGCGCCGACACGUGCACCUCGCCGUCCUCGAGACCAGUCUGCCCGCCGCGCAGCGCGCCCUAUACCCCAUGCGCCGCGCGUCGGGCGAGGGCGAAGCGCCGUCCCCCUCUGUGCCGCCGACGCUGGCGCCGGCCGGGGCGGAGAGAGGUAGUGCGCAUGGCAAGCCGAGCGGACGGCGUGCGCGCUCGCAGUGGCACUUUGGUAUCCGCAGCCGAAGCCACCCGAUGGAGAUUAUGCUGGUGCUCUACCGCACGAUGGAGGCGCUCGGCAUGGAGUGGUGUCCCAAGACGCCUCUGCCGCCGAUUGCGCGCGGACUCGACCAGAUGACCACAAACGAGCGGCAGCAGGUGCUGGAUGCUCUCAACGAGGACAUCUUCUACGCGCAGACCCAGUGCAUGCUGUACCACCACAAGAUCCGCCUGGACCUGCAGCUGUACAAGGCGGAUGCCCACUCCUACCUCGUCGACUUUCGGCAUGUAGGCUACGCCCUCGUGCCCACAACCGGCGAUGGCACUGCACCCGCGCCCGCGGCAGGCGCACUACAGCGCGAUAAACCCCGUCUUUGUCCGGCGCAUCCCGCGCUUCACGUCAUGUCUUCGUCGCGCGCAGCGUCGGAAGCGCAGCCCCUGUUGCCUUCGGGCCAGGGUGCCUCGAGCAAGACGACUAUUGAGUCGUUCAAGUGGCUGCUAUUCUCGUCCAAGAUCAAUGUGUUCCUGGUGUUUGUGCCGCUAGGCCUGCUGGCCGAGUGGCUGCACUGGGGCUCACUCGCCGUGUUUACGCUCAACUUUCUGGCGAUUAUCCCACUGGCCAAGCUGCUGGGCGAUGCGACGGAGCAGGUGUCGCUGCGUCUCGGUUCCACGCUCGGCGGCCUUUUGAACGCCACGUUCGGCAACGCUGUCGAGCUGAUUGUCGGUGUGGUCGCUCUGCUGCAAGGCCAGCUGCGCAUUGUGCAGAUGUCGCUGGCGGGCUCGAUCCUGUCGAACCUGCUCCUCGUCCUCGGCUUUAGCUUCUUUGCAGGCGGCCUUUUCCAGCCAGAAAACUCAUUCGCGCAAACGGCCGCGCAGGCCUCCGGCUCGAUUAUGACGCUCGGCUGCUUCACCAUGGUCCUCCCGGCUGCCUACUGGGGUGCCCUGCGAGGCGGUGGCGCUAAGGACAUGGUCCUGAAUGCGUUCAAACGUCCUAUGGAUGCGGAGCCGGACUUUGACGCGAUGGGCGGCAUUCUGUUCAUUUCGCGCGGCACGGCGGUGAUCCUGCUGGCCAUCUACAUCGGCUACCUCGUCUUCCAGCUGCGUACGCACUCGUUCCUGUACGAGGCCGAAGAGGUGGAGGAGGAGGAGACCGAAGAGAUGUCGCCGCGCUCGGCCAUUGCGGCGCUGCUGCUUAUCACGCUGGUUACCUCGUUCAACGCGGACUACCUUGUCUCGGCGAUCGACGAUGUGGCGAACAACUACCAAAUCUCGAAGGUCUUUAUCGGUACGAUUCUCCUGCCGAUCGUCGGAAAUGCCGCGGAGCAUGUCACGUCCGUGUUCAUGGCUGCGAGGAACAAGAUGGAGAUUGCGCUCAGCGUCGCGAUCGGCUCCUCGGUGCAGAUCUGCUUGGGCAUGGUGCCUGUGCUGGUUAUUGUGGGGUGGAUCGUCGGUCAGCCGCUGUCGCUCUACUUCCACGACUUUGAGACCAUCACGCUGGUCAUCUCGGUCAUCCUCGUCAACAGCCUCAUCCAGGACGGCAAGAGCAACUACCUCGAGGGCGCCCUGCUCAUUGCGCUCUACUCUGUUAUUGCCCUCUCGUUCUGGGUGCAGCCCCUUUAG